AUGGAUGGAUUUGUUUUGGUGUGGGUGUGGUCAUUCAACCACUAUGACCUUGGACUAAAGGUGACCUUGUGCCGUCAGGUCCUGAAGUAUGUGGAGUGCUUCAUCGGACCGGACAUCAUGGCCAUGCACACCAUGCUGAUCAACAAACCUCCAGAUGCAGGUAAGAAAACCUCCCGCCACCCCAUGCACCAGGACCUGCACUACUUCCCCUUCAGACCCGCCGACCGCAUAGUCUGCGCCUGGACUGCCUUGGAGCGGGUGAACCGGCAGAAUGGCUGCCUGGUGGUCCUGCCAGGAACACACACGGGCACGCUGAAGGAGCACGACUACCCGGACUGGCAGGGUGGUGUGAACAAGAUGUACCACGGAGUGCGGGACUCCACCCUCCAACACCAGCGUGUGCACCUGCAGAUGGAGAAGGGCGACACCGUCUUUUUCCACCCGUUGCUCAUCCACGGUUCUGGCAUGAACCAGACCCAAGGCUUCCGGAAGGCCAUCUCUUGCCACUACGCCAGCUCUGACUGCUACUACAUCGACGUGAAGGGAACCACGCAGGAGAACAUCCAGGACGAAGUCAAGGAGCUGGCGGCCAAGAAAUACCCAAUGGCCGCCAACAUCUCCUUCCAGGACACCUGGGCCUUCAGAGGCCGCCUGGUGCAGGGGGAGAGACGCUCACUUUAAGAUGGCCCGAAGAGGCCGCCUGGUGCAGGGGGAGAGACGCUCACUUUAAGGUGGCCCGAAGAGGACUGAGUCAGAUGCACAUUCUCUAGCAUCAGUCCAUACUGACACUGUACAGGAAGCUGUCUUUAAAUACAUAUAAACAUACAUAUAUACCUAAUAUACACACAUACCUAAUAUACACACAUACCUAAUA